UCCAUGAAUACAGUUUCUCUAAAUACACUCGUUCUCAUCAAUCUCUCUGACUCAUUAAUCUCUCUCCGGUCUCUGUCCUAUCCAACAAUACUUGAUGGAACGCUCAAACAUAAUCGGUUACUUUGAUGAAGUGCAUAUUCUAUUCGAUUACGAAAUAGCUCUCUGUUACAAAAAUCUGUCACGUCUACUCACAAGUCCAGAUCUCCUGUUCCAUCUGCAAGAUUUAAAGUUUCAUGGAAGAGAAAAAGUUGUUAGCUUUCAGUGGCUUGGGCCACACUUUUUAACUUUUCUCAAAUGGGCUACUCAGUCGUUGAAAUUUUUUCAUCGAUCCCACGACAGACUCCAUUAUCUUCAUGAUCCGUUGAAGCGUCUUGAUGAUUCAGCCUUCCGUUGCCUCUUAUUCGGAGAAACAGAACAUUACAGAAACUUUACAGAAACCAUUCUCUCUUUCAUGCCACAUAUUAGAGUGUUCCUCACAAUUCAAGGCCUGCUACAAUUGUUUAAUCGUGAAAUCAUACUGAGGGUUAGGGCAAGCUUUAUCGACUUUCUUUUUCAAAGUAUUGGAGAACUGCUUAUUUCCCAAGCAAAUUCCAGUGUUCUUGUGAGUAAUCAAGUCAAAGUUCUUCUAAAGGAACUGAAAUUUCUGCUAACUUUUCUUGCUGAUACAAUACGGCGCAACGAAGCACAGAGUAAUAUUUUCUUGGCAGAAGUUGAUGUUGUAAUUAAUGAAGUAGGACUUUUCUUGCAUUCUUUCUUUUUCACAGCAGAUCCUGUUACCUUGAACAAAAUGGAUCUGGCAAUUUCUGUUCUGUUAGAACGGAUUGAAAUUGUGAAAGUGAAGAUCAAAGAUUACCGUAUUGCUGUCUCAUGGAAGCUGAAUCGUGGAAUUGGAAGCCUAAAAGUUGCAGAAAGUCUGAGUGAAGUAUCAUUGUCCCAAAAUAAAAGCAUUUCCACGGUAGAAGAGAUGAUUGUGGGCUUGGAGGACAUGACAACACAAACUGCAAGCAAGCUCCUUGGAGGACCAAACUAUCGCCACAUUAUUUCCAUCGUUGGAAUGGGUGGACUUGGCAAGACUACUUUAGCAAAGAAUAUAUACUUUCAUUCCAAUGUUCGGUACCAUUUUGACAAGCUCUCUUGGUGUGUUGUUUCUCAAACAUAUAAAAAGAGAAAGCUGUUGAUUGAAAUUUUGAGUUCCAUAAGUAACCUUAGCAGAGACAGCACUUCAAAGUUGGAAGAUGAAGACUUGGCCGAAUCUGUUUACAAAAGUUUAAAGGGUACAAGAUAUCUUAUUGUUUUUGACGAUCUAUGGGAUAAAGAAGCAUGGGAUGAUUUGAAAAAGUUUUUUCCAGAGGACAGAAAUGGAAGCAGAGUAUUGUUCACUAGCCGACUAAAACAUGUGGCACUGGAAAUUUCACAUGUUAUCAUUGAACUUCCUCCCUUGUCACCAGGUGAAAGUUGGAAUUUGUUAGAGCAGAAUAUGUUCAAGAAAGAACGUUGUCCUCAAGAACUGCAACGUAUUGGGAAGCAAAUUGCAACAAAUUGCAAUGGACUCCCGCUUUCAAUCAUCACGAUAUCUGGAGUUCUUUCAAACAUGGAGAAGAAAGAAAGCCUAUGGCAGAAAGUGGCAAAAAGUUUAAGUUUUUUCAUUUCCCAAAGAGCCGACGACUACAUUCCAACAUUGAAACUUAGCUACAUGCAUUUACCAAAUCACUUGAAACCAUGUUUCCUCUAUCUCAGUGCAUUCCAGGAAGACGAGGAAAUUCCAAUUCGGAAGAUAUUAUUACUGUGGAUAGCCGAAGGACUUGUAGAGAAAAAGGAGCACAAGAGCCUAGAAGAUGUAGCAGAGGAGUAUAUAAUGGAACUCAUUAACAGGAGUCUGUUGCAAGUUUCCAAAAGAGGAUCUGACAAUGGAGUGAAAUCUUUGAUUAUUCACGAUCUAAUACUGGAAACGUGCUGCAAAAUGGCCCUAGAAGACGAAACAUUUCUGCUUCAACAAUGCAGAUUUUCAGGCAAGUGUUUUCCAAAUCUCAACUUUCUUUCUCAGCUUGAAUCACUCGCAAUGCAUGGAAGUAGGAUCAGCAGUUAUUACUCAAUGUCUAACUUUCCUGGGAAUAUCAAAAAGCUUACUCUUUCUGAAAUAGGUUUACCAUGGGAAAAUAUGUCAUUAAUUGGGACAUUGCCUAACCUAGAGAUUUUGAAAUUAGAAAGUGGAGCCUGUGAAGGAGAAAAUUGGGUCACCAAUGAUGAUGAGUUCCAAAAACUCAAAUUCCUUAGAUUACGUCACCUACGUCUUAAACAAUGGAAGUCCUCUUCCGAACAUUUCCCUGUACUUGAACGAUUGGUGUUGCACUCUUGCAUAAUUUUGGAGAUGAUUCCUUUUGAAUUUAGGGAUAUUCUAACACUACAAAAGAUUGAGAUAGAUCGUUGUCACGAAAAUGUAGAAAAGUCAGCUUCGGAAAUUUUUGAAGAACAAUUGGAUUGUGGUAACGAAGAGUUUGUUGUAAUCAUCAAUAGUGUUCGAUUGUUUCGAUUGUAAAGAGAGCCUCAAUUGUACAAUGAUCAGGAAAUUUCUUGAUAGCGCACACCUACAUGGUGAGAAGAUACAAAAAUUAUUCGGCUCCACAUCAAUAGCUAGUUGUUGUUAUUCAUAAUAUCUUCUUUGUUGUUAACGCGAAGUAACGACAACUUAUUUGCUAGUAAAAUUAAAUAAUGGCCCAAAUAACUAUAUAUCAUGUUUAAUUUGACAAGUAGUUGGAUCUAGAUCUUUGCCUCAAACUUUCUGACUUGUAAUUUUCUUCUACUUAUUUUUUUUCAUGUACUUCUUUAAUAAUGUUAUUUUUCA